UGAAAGCGAUCUUUGCGCAUUAUCUUUUUUGAUUUUAUUUACUCCACCGAAUAUUAAUCGGCCGAUGAGGCUUUUUAUCGAAUCCGUUCGAAUGUACCUGGCCUGAGCGGAAGAAAGGGGUAUCUGUCCGACCUUACCCGCCGUACCGAGUUGUUUUUUUUUUUACACAUUAUUGGUUAUGUUAUGGCAGUUUUAAAACUUUCUUCCGUUUGUUGUUACAUUAUUCGCAGAAUUGUUGUGAAGAUAAUGGAUAGUUUUUAAUAAAUGAACUUUAUUAGGUUCACACUAUUGGCCUUUAUUUGACUCGGCUGCAAAAUAUUGGUGCGGUAACCUUUCUAGAUCGCUGAUUUGAAUUGAAUGCAUCAUGCCUCUAAUAUGUAGCUCCAAUGCUGCAUAGGAGGCCAACCAACAGGAAAGCUUGAAAAUGUCACAGCGUGGUAAACGUCAAACGAGCCGUUUAGACGAUGGAUUGGUUACGUCAAAGAGACGGAAGGUACGUUGCAUGGCGAUGGCGGAGGAGGAAGAAGCCUCCGUGGACAUUUGGACACCCAGGCCAAAUUCUGACCUGAAAAUAUCAUCAAUUUACAACAGGAGUUCCAGCGAAGCCCCAGCUGAGCUCUUCAGAAAAGAUUUGAUCAGUGCUAUGAAAUUACCAGAUUCUGAGCCUCUAUCAGCUGAUGAAUACUGGGUUAUUACUGAUCAGUGGAAGCAGGAAUGGGAAAAAGGGGUUCAGGUCCCUGUCAACCCUGAUUCUCUCCCUGGAUCUAGUGUAACCGUCGUUACGCAGGCAUUUCCUUCUUCACGAUUGCAUCACGAGUUUAAAUUACCAAAAUCAAAAUAUAUUAAAAUUACAAAGUGUGAAAACUUUAAAUCUGAUGAGCAUUUUCUUUCACCUAUUCCGUGCAAAGCAGAAAAAGUUUGCUCAUAUGAUUUGGACAAUUGUGAUAAUGCUUGGCUCAAAAUAGCAAAUGGGGAGAGAGCUACAAUGGGAUUGCCUCCUAUAAGGGAAGAUCAACUGGAAAGAGUAAUAGAGGAAUUAGAGCUGAGAUGUUGGGAUAAAGUCCAGACAAUAUUAAAAUCUGAAGAAGGUUUAGGGAUUGAAUAUGAUGAAAAUGUCAUAUGCGAUGUUUGUCGUUCGCCGGACUCUGAAGAGAGCAAUGAGAUGGUGUUUUGUGACUCUUGCAAUAUUUGUGUUCAUCAAGCGUGCUAUGGGAUCACGACAAUCCCAUCCGGCUCAUGGCUAUGCCGAACUUGUGCUAUAGGACAGCGGCCAGAGUGUGUGCUUUGUCCAAACAAAGGAGGUGCGAUGAAGUGUACGAGAUCGGGGCACAAAUGGGCACACGUGUCUUGUGCUCUCUGGAUCCCAGAGGUUUCAAUAGGUUGUGUGGAAAAGAUGGAACCUAUUACAAAAAUAUCCAGCAUACCACAAAGCCGAUGGGCCUUGAUAUGUGUUCUCUGUAGGGAGAGAGUAGGAGCAUGUAUCCAGUGCUCGGUUAAGACGUGUAAAGUUGCAUACCAUGUUACCUGUGCUUUUAAACAUGGUCUAGAAAUGAAAGCAAUAAUUGAAAAUGAAAAUGCUGAAGAUGGUGUUAAAUUAAGGUCAUAUUGUGAAAAGCACAGCGUCGCUAAAAAGGACCAAAGUGGAUCAACAUCUGAAGAUGAUGAAUGCAAAAGGAAAAAGAGGAAAGAUAUGACGUCAGAAGAGAAAAACCAAGCAAGAGCAGCAAAACUUCAAGAAAUCGAAGGCAAGUUUGAAAAACAUGUUUCCGCACAUGAAGUCUCUGGACAUCAUGAUGUCGAUUUAGAGGGUCUUGUCUAUAUCUACAACUACUGGGUUCUCAAAAGGCGUUCCAAUUGCAAUAAACCUCUACUUGCUCCUCGUUCAGAUGAUGUAGACUUCCUAACUAGGCAACAAGAGCAAGCUGAUUUAGAAAAAAUGAGAAUGUUUGUACAGCUUAGACGUGACCUUGAAAGGGUUCGUAAUUUAUGCUACAUGGUGAGCCGACGAGAGAAGCUGUCUAGAACAUUCUUCAGAAUGAGGGAACAGACUUUCCAUAAGCAGAUUGCUGUACUUUCUGAGCCAUCAUGCAGCCUAAGUUCAGCGGAAAUAACAGCAGUGAAAGAGGCGAACCACGGACCCUCGAUAUAUGACAAACUUUAUUCUCAUACAGCGGCUUCAGAACUGUCUACAGAUUUUGAAACAGCGCUUGCCAGAAUUGCUGGAGUUUCUUCGCCUACGCUUGAAGACAAGAAUAAAAUUGAUCGAAACGGGAUGCGAAAGAAGCCUGAAAAUCCAUACAAACGUAUGUACGUUAAUGGGGGCUUAGAAAGGAGGCGAAGUGUUUAUACAAGUAUGAGUAGUGGUAGUGAAAUGGACAUAAAACGGCCUCUUAGGCUUGAUUUGGAUUCUACCGAUGACAAGAAAAAUAAAAGUAAAAAGCUUAAAAAGAGGCCGAUUUCUAGGAUAACGGUUGAUACUUCAACUGAAGACGAAGAAAAACCCAAAGUGCCUUGGGCUUCUCCUAGAAGCAAAUCACUAAGGCAAAUGGAAAAGGAACUUGCAGAAAGAACUGGCACUGAUGAUUCUGAUGAUCUCAUACCCUUUACUAACGUUAAAAAAGAUUCACGUAGUGCCAGCAAUAUUUAUUCAGAUUCUGACAGCGAUACUUCGUUGAAAGAUGAAAGAAAUGAACAACGGCUUAGGACCAAAGCGGCUUUGAAAGAAUUUACCGCUUUGGCACACAAAAAUAAGAAAAGCAAUAAAAAAUCGCCCAGCAAGAAUAAAGAACGUAACAUUGACAGUUCGAUGGAAGAUGAAUAUUACAGAGACAAGGAAAAUGUAAACCUAUCAAAACAGAAGAGUAAAGAUCCAACAACAGAUUUGAUCGUACCUCAAAGACAAGCUGCUAAAAAAGCAACAGAAAGUAUUAGGUCUACACACGUGAAAAAGAGUGAACUUAUUCUUUCUGAGCAAGAAGCUAUAAAAACCAUGUCUUCUAAUGAAGAAUCAAAAUUGAGUAAGCCGAAUAAGAGCGUUAAGUUGAAAGGUUCUAAAGAGCUUUCUGUAAAAGAAAAUAAACUUCUAAUGGAUGAUAAAUCCAAACUCUCCAAUGAUAUAUAUGAGUUUGACAAGGACCUAUGCAGUGAUCAAGAUAUACUUGCGUACGUUCCUCAAAGGCAGGCUGCAAAGAAAGCAGCGGAACACAUUAAGAGCGGUUUACAUAAACCCGUGUCAAAUGAACAAGAGAGCGAUCCUUCGGCUCGGUCCAAAAUCAAUGACCUUUCAAAAGCGAAGAAAGAUGAAAAAAUUAAAAAGGAUCAAGAAAUUGAAAGAAGCAGAAGAACUAUUAGACCCCAAGAUAUUAAGAAAACUGAUACAUCAAAGUCCUCGUCCUCGUCAACUUCUUCCUCAAGCAGUAGUUCUUCAGGUUCUUCUUCCUCUUCAUCCUCUUCGAGUUCUGAGAGUGCAGAAGAAGAAGAAGAGGACAAGAAAAAAGGUUCUGCUAAACAUAUUCUAGUACAAAAGAAUCUCUCUAAUCCUCCAGCCAAUCUAAAAGUAGACAAAAAGGGAAAACAGACAGAUAAUAAAGCUCUUUCCAAAAAUGCUGAAAUGCCUUCAUUAGUGGACAGAGAUAAACAAGUGAAAAAAGAUAGUUCACCUUCAUCAAGUUCUGAUUCAGAAGACAAUAGCGUACCAAAGCAAGUUAAGAAAGGUGAUAUUGUUAAAAAAUCAGAAACAUUUACAAAAUAUUCAGACUCUCACAGACAAGAUGAUUCCUCUUCUAAGGUGGUGGCUGAUAAGAAACUGAGCAAGACGCCUGAGAAGAAGCUUAAAACUUCCGAUGGGCGGCCUGAACUCAAAUUUCAGCAGCCGCCUACUCAGAGAGAGGAAUCAUCACGAGAGAAAGGUGGACGUAGAGGAAAGUCGAGUGUUUCAACCACUGAAAAGCCAGAAAUUUCUCAGACAACAAAACCUCCCAGUAAUGCAAACAAGAUUGAAUCUUCGGUCAAAGAGAGUAGCAAUAGAAAAGCCCAUCCUAGCAGAAAAGAAGAUGAAACCACCGCGAAGGAUUCAUCUCAAGGAAGAAAGAGAAAAUCAGAUGAUUUUGAGAAACAAAGUAUUACAGAAACCCAUUCGAGUGUUAAAAAAUCAGAUGUCACCAGCUUUAUCCCAGUCGAAGAGAAACGCCAGUCCCAAGAAUUAUCUACAACUUCGAGCAAGAAGGCUGAUAAAGUGGUAGAAUCGUCCCCUAAAAAGAAUGAAAAUCUUUCAUUCACCAGCACCUUAGAAAGAGAAAUGGCUGAAAGGAAAGCAGGGAGAGAGAGUGGAAGUCGUAGCAACUCGAAGAAGUCACUGGAUAGAUUGUUUGAGAAAAGGGAUAAAUUAGUAAAAGAAAACGAAAAGAAAGAACAAAUUAAGACAACGGUUUCUCAAGUCGGAAAGCCAAUAGAGAAAAGUAAAUCACCAGAGAAACACAAAACUAAAUCUCCUGAAAAACAUUUGAAAAAAGAACAUUUGGAAGGAGAGGAAAUCUCCAUCAAAGUGGAAGAUGUACCUGAGGAAACAAUCAAAGAUUGUAUUUCUGUUGAGCAAGCAAACCUAGACAAUCAGAAAAAUUUCCAAAGAAGUUUAUUUUCUCCAUACCCCGAAGAAAUAGUUGCAUCUAAUACCACUCAAAUUACAGAAAAACCAUCUAAACUUGGAAAUGAUAGUCAGUUAGCAAAUAAUGAUCUCAAUUUAAAAUCAGGGCUAUCCAAAGAUUCCCUUCCUAUUCUUAUUCCACAAGUGGAUACCUCGUUCAAACACAUUCAAGAAACGUCACUUCCUCACUUGGAAAAAAUUGAUAAUGUUAAUGAGAAUAUCAAUUUUCCUUCUGUCAUAUCAGAAUCAGACGAGUUGAAAAAAGUUACUUCUAAGGCUAAUUCUUCUUUAGCAACGCCCUACCACCAGAGGUCGAUUUUCUCUCCCCAACCACCUUCAAAGGAUUCUACAGUAGCUGAAUUAUUUGAUUUUGAAAAUGAUAUUCUUGCAGUGGAUGAAACUGUCAAUGAUGAUGGGUUCAGCAUGUCCCGCGACUCUGAAGAAAUGCGAAGUCAUCCACUUAUGUUCAGCUUCAAUAGUGAUUUCCUAUUUAAAAUCGAUUCUAAAGAAGAUAGCGCGAGGGAAACUCUUAAUCUUGUUGAAAAACUAAGAUUGGAUUAUGCAAAGAAGUCACAUACAGAAUCUAGCGAUGUUGAAGUCGUUGAGCAAAAACCUCAAAUUGCCUUACAAGAAGUUUUACAACAACCAUCACAGAAACAUUUGUGCUCUGAAAUACUCCAAGAACAAAAAUUGGCUGAGAAUCCAAAAUUGGAAACAAUUGUUAAUUUCCAUGAAAUUGACAAUGAAGGUUUGCACAGUCCUUUGGUUCCAGUUGAGAUCAAAGCAGAUCCCCAGAUAGAAACAAAGGAGCCAGAUAAAGAUGAAAUAGGCGUUCUAAAACCAGUUGACACAAGUAGAGUAACUGAUGAUCAGCACCUUCUUCAAGGGGUUGGAAUCGAUAAACAAAUCCCACAAUACGAUUCUAGUGAACGAUUUCAAUAUCAAUCGUAUGGAAUGCCUAUUGAUGUUGGUAAAGUACCUGGUAGAGAAAAGUUAGAUAGAAGCAAUAGUGCUCAGGCCGAUGAAAGGUGGGUACCUCCUAGUAGUGUACCCCCUAGUGUGCAUUCCUACGACCCGAUGCCAUCACCAUACCGAAAUAAAUGGGCAGAUAGUGAAAUUAUGCCCUCUAGGCAUUCUUCUUCAUCUUCUUCAGCUUCUUCUACUUCUUCACUAUCACAUAGAGAAGAAUUGGAACAAACCAAGCCUGAAGAUGUUACGCAGCAGCCGCCAAACUCAAUCAUCUCAGAAUUACUACCUUUCCAAGGUUUACAUCCGAGUGUGGCGUACAACCCAUCAUGUGCAAUAUCCACUGGAGCAGCGUUUCAUUUUGCGGACAAUUCUGGUUUUCCAGUUGGACCUUUGUAUAAACCAACCUUUACCGCUCCUACUCCAGGAAUUUACGCUUCCAACUUUUCUUCUUCGUAUCCUAAUCACCAACAACAAAUCAAACCCACAGAGGAACCCCCUUUGCAUAUGCCACCUCCUUGUUCUGCCGCAUUUACCGCCUCUUCACAUAAUAUGGCCCUAACAGCAGCUAUGGUUUCACCCAUUUCUCAACUAGUACCAGAAACAUCACAGCUAAACAUACAAUUCCCAGCUGAGAGCACACAACAGAAUGUUCAAGAUUCUCAUGUGGAACCUCCAGAAAAUUAUAAUCAUAUGCCUCAUGUUGAAUAUAAACCCAAUACAAUUCCUCCUUCUGAAGAGCCUUCUUCAGUUCUUAAAACUGUUGGGAAAAAGAGCCCCAGCAAGCCUACAAGAACAUCUGCUAGGUGUAUAGCUCAGCAAGCAAAAUCUCCUGGAAAAUCACCGGGAAAAUCUCCCAAGCAGUUAUUGGAUAUAAAGAAAAUCAAAGAAGGGAGUACAAGCAAAAGGGGUAGACCGCCUGGACGUGGUAAUUUGCGCGGAAGAGGCAGAGGAAAGGGAAGAGGUAGAGGUCAUGGUCAUUCUGAUCCCAAUACCAUUCAUAGCAAACUAGUAGGAACUGUCUAUGAUUUUGAUAUAGAUGAAGAUGAAGAAGGAGGUGAUAGUUUAGAAAAUUUGAGAGCCAUGAGGGAACGGAGAAAAUCUUCUGAUGUACAUGAUAAAAAGGAUGUUGCUAUUCCUAUAAAAGAACCUUCUGUGUCUCCUAAAUUUGUUAGCUCUUCAACUGUCAAAUCUAGAAGCUACAGUGAUAUUAGAGAAACAGAUGCCACUUUUAGUCCAUUACCUAGAAGAAGUAAGGAAGCCGUAGAUGAAAAUCAACCCAUUAUUGAAAACUCCAGACUUGAAUUUGUACAGCCUGUGUUACAAGCCCCUGUUAAUGUAAGUUCAUACUCUUCAUUUGAAUCAACCACAACUUCCACAAUUCCUGGAUACCAAAAUCACAUUAUGGAAUCAUACCAAUCUACCAAUAAUGAAUCAUUGAAAGAUUUUAUGGAAGAACUUGAAGAAGAAAUUAAAACUUUGAAAUCAUCUACAGUGCCUAAAAUUGAGGCGCCGGUAGCAUCGACGGUACCAGAAGAAGUCAAACAACCCUCCGCAGAUUCGAGAAACCAGUUGAAAGUCAAAAUCAAAGGGCCUUUUUUGGAUGCAAAUUACGUUACUUCUGCGGUAGUUACUCAAGCAAGUGUUGUCAAUGUUAUUAGUAGCAGUCAAGCAGAGACACCGGCCACAACUUCAACAGUAGCCGCAAGUCUUUCAACGGGUUCAAACUUAAGACGAAUGAGGAAGAAAGAAUUGCUCAGACAAUAUUGGACUCAGGAUAUGAACAUGGACGAAUCUAUUAGCAUUACACCUAUUGUCCCGAUUCAAGAUCCUUUAAUAAAUAGAAAUGUAAUAACAAUACCGAAGGCUGUGGCUUCUAUGACAACUAUACCGACGAGAGAGGAUUACAAAGCAGUAGUGGAUGCUAACAUGGAAAAGAAAAGAAAGAAAGAAAAAAGUUUGGUCGAAGGGUCAGAUGUGGAGCGUAGACGAAGUGUUGGCAGUAACGCAUCUAAUGAGUCCAGUCAAAAUACAACAAAACGGAGAGGAAAAACAGCUAAAGCUUCAAGUACUUCUGCUCCUUCGUCUGUAACACCAAAACUGAAAAUUAAACUCGGUAGUAGUGGUGACAGUGCCAGUGUUACGACCUUUUCUGAAGAUAAAAAGAACUUAAGAGAAAGGCCUCCGAAAAAGAGAUUGUCAGGUGUUCCUAAACCGACUGUAGAAGAAUUAAAACGCGAAAGUAUGAAAUUUAGGAAAAUGGUCAUGGCAGAUUUUGACGAAGAAGAGAAAACUCUCGAAUCCGGGAACAGAAAAAGAAAAAAGCGCGGAAACAACAACAACGUUAGUAAAUCAUGUGAUAUGGUCCGGGUGAUUACUGAUGAUGCAGCGCCAAAGCUAAUAAUUAGAUUUGGUAGGAGGAACGAGGAUACAGUGCAAUCAAACUCUUUAGAGCCUUCUGUUGAAGUUAAGCAUUCUCCUAAUGAUGAAAGGACUAGUGAAUGUUCGGCAUUGAGAAAAGUUAGGACGUCUAAGACAUCCCCUAUACGAUUAAAACUUUCUAGGUGUGAAAAGGGGUAUGUUAUGAAAAAAAGUAGUGAUAGUGUUAGUAUAGAAAGUAGUGAAGUUUUACAAGACACAGAUUCUCAACCUGAGCGUCCACCACCUCCUCCAUUACCAUUAAGCAAGGACUGUGAAGUCAGAUGAUGACAUUAGUUAAUAUUUUCUAUUUUAUUUAGUUAUAAUUUUUUAUAUGAUCUGAGAUAAGUAUUCAUUGGAGCUAUCACCAAGUGAUAUUGUAAAUGUUUACUCUAAGUAAGCUAUUUAAAUAUAUACAUAUUCAGUUAUUUUAAUAUAUAAGUAAAUUGUAUAAUUAGAAAAUAUUUAUUAUAUAUGUAUGUAAUUGUAUAAAUCUAGAUGUCUUCAAUAUUCCCUGCAUCCAUUUUGUAGAUAGCCCUUAGGUUUCUGUGAAUUUGCACAAUGUUAUUACUAAAAGGUAAUUUUAUUUUCAAUGUUUUCCAGCAGAAAUGUACAAAUGUCAAUUACUCAUACUGUGUGAUGAAUAUUUUUAUAUAUUCGACAUUAUAUAUAAUGUAUGUAUGUAAAUUGUUAACGAUAUGGAAUUUAACCUUUACAGGAGCUUAAAAAAAAUAUAUAAAACUAAAAACUUGUAACAAUUGGACAAAUUUAGAAUAAUUAUUUUUACUUAUUUAUCUCAGUGUAAAUUAUAAUUGGCUAAUAGUUUAACCGCUAUGUACUUUACAUAGUUUUACUAACAAUCAUUAAAAAAAAGUGGCCUAAAUGAUUGUAAUAGAAUUAUUAAAUUUUAAUUUUUGAUUGCUUUAUAUGUACGUGAUGAUAAAUGCACAUGUAAAGCAAGUAUGGGUGGUUGGUUUAAAAUGAGUUCAUAAAAUGUAAACAUACUUUAAAUUUUUACAAGUUAAAACAAUUGCCAUCCAUUAAAUUAUAGCAAUUAGCAUUUCAGUUCAUUUUUGUUUUUAUUUGUUAUCAUUUUUUGCCCAAUAUAAAUGAAAAUGAAAUUUAUAGAAAUAAAUAGAAUAAAUGUACAAUUCACAUAUAAUGUUAUUGCCUCUAAAAGUAUUUAUGUAAAUAUAAUGUAAAUAAUUAUGUAUUAACUGGUAUAUGUUAAGCCUUAUUUAAUAUUUAUUU